UCUUUCCAACACCCACCAUUUUAGCGCCGCUUCUACUUCACAAUUUCGAAAUUUUGAUGCUCCAAUUCGAAGUUUCUCGACCCACUUCAGGAACCCUCGUUUUCCCUUGCGUUUCCUCCAAAGUUGGAAUCUUUCCGGUGGAACAACCCUCCCCAUGAGGCAGUUUUCAGACGACGCCGGCGAUGGUGGCGGCGAGAAGGACACCGCCGCGGAAUCGGAUUACGAAUUUGGUAAGAGUGUUAGUUUUGAGCCUGAAAAUGAAGUUAAUGGUGUUUCUUCCUUAUCUGGUAGCGUGGUUGUUGAAAAUGAUGAUACUAAUGAAUGCAAUUCGGAGGUAGAUGAUGAUUCUAUAGAAUGCAAUAGUAGUAGUAGUAGUAGUAUUGGUAGGGAUGAAUUAGAGAAUAAUAAUAAUAAUAAUAAUAAUAAUAAUAAUAAUAAUAAUAAUAAUAAUAAUCAGAAUAGUGAGGAAUUUGCAAGUGUCGCAUUGCGAGAUCCUGUUGAAUUGUACCGUGCCCUUUGCGAUGCCAAAAAGGGUGCAAAGCUCGAGAGAUCAGAGGGGGAAGUGCUGCUGGAAGUGUUCAAUUACUUUGCCAAGUCAGGUUGGGCCUCAAACCAGGCUCUGGCCAUUUACAUUGGUUUGUCUUUUUUCCCCACAGCCGCGAGCAAGUUCCACCACUUUUUUAGGAAGAAAUGCCCUGCUAAUGUUGCUCGGUACCUGGUGUCACUAGGGCCGAGUGAUUCUGCUGUGAAGUUCUUGUUUCCUAUAUUUGUUGAGUUUUGUUUGGAUAAUUUCCCGGAUGAGAUCAAGAGGUUCAGGGGUAUGGUUGCGAUGGCGGACCUCACGAAGCCUCACACUUGGUUCCCAUUUGCGCGGGCCAUGAAACGGAAGAUAAUUUAUCAUUGUGGGCCGACUAAUAGUGGUAAAACAUAUAAUGCUCUGCAACGGUUUAUGGAUGCGAAAAAGGGCAUUUAUUGUAGUCCUCUCAGGUUGUUGGCUAUGGAAGUUUUUGAUAAGGUUAAUGCAAAAGGCAUUUAUUGCAGUCUACUAACGGGGCAAGAAAAGAAGCACGUCCCAUUUUCGAAUCAUGUUGCAUGUACUGUGGAAAUGGUGUCAAUGCGAGAAGUGUACGAUGUGGCCAUUAUUGAUGAGAUUCAGAUGAUGUCAGAUCCAUAUAGGGGGUAUGCAUGGACAAGGGCACUCUUGGGGUUGAAGGCUGAUGAGAUACAUUUGUGUGGCGAUCCUAGUGUUUUGGAUAUUGUUCGAAAGAUCUGCCAAGACACUGGAGAUGAGUUGUAUGAGCAACAUUAUGAGAGGUUCAAACCACUGGUGGUUGAAGCAAAGACCUUACUUGGUAAUCUUCAAAAUAUUCGAUCAGGGGAUUGUGUAGUUGCCUUCUCAAGGAGAGAGAUAUUUGAGGUUAAGUUGGCCAUCGAGAAACAGACCAAACAUCGUUGUUGUGUUAUAUAUGGUGCCUUGCCACCAGAAACUCGUAGACACCAGGCUACUUUGUUCAAUGAUCAAAGUAAUGAAUAUGAUGUUCUAGUAGCUAGUGAUGCAGUGGGAAUGGGCCUGAACCUUAACAUUAGAAGGGUAAUUUUUAAUAACCUCUCGAAAUACAAUGGUGACAAAAUGGUCCCCGUCCCAGCAUCACAGGUUAAGCAAAUUGCAGGAAGAGCUGGUAGGAGAGGAUGCCUUUAUCCCGAUGGUCUCGCCACGACCAUGCAUUUAGAUGAUUUGGAUUACUUGAUCGAGUGUUUGAAACAACCUUUUGACGAGGUUAAGAAAGUGGGGUUGUUUCCUUUCUUUGAGCAGGUUGAAUUAUUUGCCAGUCAACUUCCUAAUCUGACGUUCUGCCAGCUACUAGAAAAGUUUGGUGAAAGUUGCCGUUUGGAUGGAUCAUACUUCUUGUGUCUAUAUGAUCACAUAAAGAAGAUUGCAAAUAUGCUGGAGAGGGUCCAGGGACUGUCUUUAGAAGAUCGUUUUAACUUCUGUUUUGCCCCAGUUAAUAUUAGAGACCCGAAAGCUAUGUACCACUUACUCAGAUUUGCUACGACGUUCAGUCAGAAUAUGCCUGUCAAUAUAGCUAUGGGCUUGCCGAGAAGCUCUGCCCGGAAUGAUUCAGAACUCCUGGACCUUGAGACUAGGCAUCAAGUGUUGUCUAUGUAUUUAUGGUUGUCAAACCACUUCAAGCAGGAAAGAUUUCCAUAUGUGAAGAAAGCUGAGGCAAUGGCCACAGACAUAGCUGAUCUACUGGCUCAUUCUCUUACCAAUGCUAAUUGGAAGCCGUUAUCAAGGGGAACAAGAGGGAAACCUAAAGCCGAAAAAGGUGAAGGGCAACCUGAAUCCGGGAAUGCAGUUGUAUUGAAAACUGGAAAACAUAGUUAUUUAAGGCCACAGGCACUUUCUAAAUUAUAUGACAGGAGACGGCAGGAUAAGCCCUUGCAGGUUGAUCAGUCAAAGAAAGUAGCUGCAUAAUAAUAUGGUAAUUGCAAUAUAACAAAUUAUAACAGGGAUUUGCAUGAAUUCAUUGAACUGCUUUUUAUCCAAAACUCUUGAUGGAUCAAGUUGGGAAUGGAUUGAAGGAAAGGGAAAAGAAUUAAACGGAGAAAAAGAAUAGAGAGAAAAGCGAGGUGGCAACACUGGCAUGCUGUUUGAUUUCGUAGGUAAACCAUGAGUGCAUUUUUGUGGUGCUGCAAGUGUUCUGUUUUUGUAUCUUAAUGUAAGCGUAGACUAGAAAUUUCGUUGAAUUUAGAUAUCUAUAUUUCUAAAAGGAUCCAUAUACCUUUUCUCUGUGGUGAUCCUUUGAAAUAGAGAUGAAAGCUUUUCAAGAUUUUUCAUUUUUCUGAUGUUUUAAGUACUAAGGAGGCUUUGUAGAAAUAAGGAAUAGGAUCACAUAAUAAGGUUAUUAAUCUCCUUGGACAUUUUCAUGUAUACCACCAUUUCUUAACGAAUAACUAGUGCUUUUCUUAGAUUAAGUGUACUGAACUUAGCAUGUUUUUUCUUAAUAUUUAUUUUUUUCGUUUU